CAGUAAGAUGUCACGCUUUCAAGAUUGAUAACAUAAGUCAACGGCACUUGUGCAUCUACGUAACACAGGAUUUUUACUAGCAAAUAAACACUUGUUAUUUAUGAUUAUUUACGAAGAGCUAUAAUUUAAAUGAAGGAUCGCGAGUGUAAGAUGGGAAAAUGAACUCAAACCUCAAUUUCCUUGGAGAACUUUGAACUUCUGAGUUUGUGUAUUGCUAGUGCGGACGACGUUGUCAUGAAAAUGAAACACACCUCAAACCAAAUUGUGUUGGAUGCUUCGGCGCUUGGAAACUUCAAACCAUUGAAUUAUGCGGAUCAGAGUCCUGGGCCUGAAUCCAGGCGUGUAUCGACCAAUGAGCUAAGACCGGAAGACAACAACAAUAACAAUAUGGCCGACAAACAGAAAUUCGGCUAUGAACAAACACUGAACGUUGCGGCUGAAUACGAAGCAGUAUCAACCAAUAAGCUGACACAAGACGCACUAAUGUACCACAACCAAAAGUUACGCUACGAGGAAACAUUGAUAUAUGGGCAAUACAGAAAAGACCUGGGCAGUGUUGGUAAAUUCCAAGCGAAGCUAUUAAAAUCUAAAGAUAAAAGUGACAUCGACAAGAGUGAACCCACGGAGACAAAGAUACUUGUAUCAUGUUGGUAUCGGGUGGUACGUACCUGGCACUGGGUAGUGAAGAAGGUUGGGGAGGACUGGAUAUUAUUGGCACUGCUUGGGAUCAUCAUGGCCCUUCUCAGCUUUGCCAUGGACUACGUCAUAGAGAAGUUGCAGGAGGCAAAGAUGCUGCUGUAUGAGGAGUUUUCAUUCAAAGUGCCUCUGCAGUACGUGGGCUGGGUCUUGUACUCCCUACUGCUCAUCAUGUUUGCCACUGGCUUCACACACCUCAUGUCUCCACAAGCUAUUGGUUCUGGCAUUCCAGAAAUGAAGACAAUAUUGCGAGGCGUUGUGCUCAAGGAAUUUCUCACGUUUAGGACUCUUGUCUCGAAUGUUGUGGGCCUUUGUUGUUCACUUGGGAGCACGCUUCCUUUAGGAAAAGAAGGACCGUUUGUACAUGUCGCUAGCAUUGUCGCCAAUCUGCUGGGAAAGUUGACUUCAUUUAAAGCUGUUUAUGAGAAUGAGUCUCGCAGGACGGAGAUGCUGGCAGCUGCAUGUGCUGUAGGUGUGGCUUGCACAUUUGUCGCACCCAUUGGAGGAGUAUUAUUUAGUAUUGAAGUAACAGCGACAUAUUUUGCUGUUCGUAACUAUUGGAGAGGGUUUUUCGGAGCUGUUUGUGGGGCCGUUGUCUUCCGGUUGCUUGCUUUCGGGUUUAAAAAUACAGAAACGUUAACUGCUAUGUUUCAAACAUCAUUAAAAACAGACUUCCCAUUCGACCCUGUGGAGUUAUUAGCAUUUUCAUUUGUUGGUAUAGCUUGUGGCUUUAUUGGGGCAUUGUUCAUAUUGUGCCACAGGAAAAUCGUAUUGUUUACAAGGAAACAUAAAAAGAUGUCAGCAUUUUUGCAGAAAAAUCGCUUUAUCUACCCAGGGAUCAUCACUCUUGUUGUCGUGUCCUGUACAUUCCCUCGAGGCCUUGGCCAGUUCUUUGCUUCUAUGCUUACCCACAAAAAGGCGUUAAAUGAGUUGUUCAGCAACAUCACGUGGACAGAGAACCAGCCAAACAGUCUUAAGGACGAGACCAUGCUAGGCCACUGGAACCACCCUUCCACCAACAUCUACGUCACCUUGGUCUUGUUCAUCAUCAAUAAUUUUUGGAUGGCUGCUAUUUGCAAUACCUUACCCAUCCCUGCUGGGGUAUUUGUGCCUGUAUUUACUAUAGGUGCUGCUUUCGGGCGCUUGGUGGGUGAGUGCAUGGCAGCUUGGUUUCCAAAUGGGGUUAAAACAGGGGACACUAUACAGAAGAUAAUACCUGGAGGCUAUGCAGUCGUCGGUGCUGCCGCAUUGUCUGGUAGUGUCACUCGUACCAUAUCUACAGCUGUGAUAGUGUUUGAGGUUACUGGGCAGAUCUCUCACGUGCUGCCUGCUGUCAUUGCAGUGUUGCUUUCGAAUGCAGUGGCCAACUUCUUCCAGCCAUCUUUUUUUGACAGUAUUAUUAACUUGAAACGAUUGCCGUACUUGCCAGAUAUUGCGUCAGCAGGCUCGUGGAGUGUGUACGUGGAAGACAUAAUGGUGUCCCAGGUCAGCUGUAUCUACUUCGUUUCCACUUUCAAGGAGCUAAAAGAGUUGCUGGAGACAUCCAAACACCGCACCUACCCUUUAGUGGACUCUCCAGAUUCAAUGAUCCUGCUUGGAUCGGUGAAGAGGUUUGAACUGGAGCGGUUGCUCUGGGUACACCUCAGUCAGGAUCAGAAGGUGUUCCUGCUAGACAAUGAAGACGAGGAGAUGAAUUCCAUCUGCUCCACGCCUGGCUCUUCCAGGACACGCACACCACCCCCUAGGAUGGAGAUUAUUCCCCAAACCCGGGAGGAGGUACCGAAGCCUCGCUUCAGCGUCACGAAACUGGAAGAAAAUGUAUCCACCCCAAGGACCCGCAAAAGUUCAGUGUUUGCAAUGGCGCAAGAGCCCAUUUCAUCGUCAGUGAGUAAUUCGACAGAGAACCUGACGCAUUCAGAGCUGCAGAGUCGCCAAUACAACACUAUGAGUUUGCCUCUCAGGUCAAUCCUCAAAAACAAGAGAAGAAAAUCCGUAACAAGAGCCUCAGCCUUUUCUGAUUUACGCACUGGGCUUGAUGAACAUUUCCGCAGGUUGUCCAAAACUCACACAGAAAGUAUAGUUGAAGACAUUCCAUUCGUAAUAAAGAAAGACAGCAUUCAGCAAAUGGCCAGAAAAGUCAUGUUGCCGCCUGAGCCAGUGAAAGUAAAAACUCUGUCAGAGGACAAGAAAGAGGCUUGGGAAGAAGAUCAGCUGGCCAAAACCAUUGAAUGGGAAGGUUGUCAGAUAGACCCGGCCCCCUUCCAGUUGGUAGAGCGGACUUCAUUACACAAGGUUCACUCCUUAUUUUCCCUCCUCGGUCUUAACCAUGCCUACGUCACCAACACUGGUCGUCUCAUGGGGGUGGUGGCGCUGAAAGAGUUGCGAAAUGCCAUUCAAGGCCACAUUGAUGCAGAACAUGCUAAGAAGAAAUCGUUUCAGAAAACGAACGGCAAAGCAAAGGCAGCAACCAAUAAUGCUACUGACUCAGAAGAUGACAUUUUGGAGGAUCCCCAGCAGUUGGAAGUAGAACACCCGCAAGAACCAGAUGGCUAUAGAAUUGUUCAUCUGUCAAAUGGAAAGUUCAGUUAUGAACCAGAAAGCGACACGGACAGUGAAGACACAGACACAAGUAUUUGAAUGUUCAGCAAAGGCAGUAUUGGUCUUUCUUUAUGUGGAUCAAUACAUUCGUUCACACUGAUUUUGAAUUCACUAAUACAGGUUCUGGAAUGUUCACUGAAAAAAAAAUGAUUAUAUAUAUGUAUGAGCCGUGCUCUGUGAAAAAAAUGGGUUUUAUGCUAUGCAACUGAAACUGAUUCGUGGUUUAAAUAUGCUUAAAUUGUAUUAAUUAAUUUAUAUUUAUUGUAUUUUAUAUAUAUUGAAGAGACGAUAUUUUGGUGAAGUCAACGAUGGAACUGGUUUUACUAGCUCAAGCUUUUGCGCAUGUUGUGUAUGCGCAAAGUCAACCUUUUUACCUAAAGUUACAAAUCAGGAUACCACUGUGCCUUUAAUUCCAAAUAUACUCUUUCUGUGUUUUUCAAACAUACAAUAGACGUCUUUCAAAUGACAAUACGUCAUAUAGAAUCAACUUAUUCUUAUCAUGUGAACAGAUUUUCCGCCAAUGUUCGUCUAAUAUAUAAGGUAACAUUUUCUCGAUCGGUUUUUAUAAACAAAGUCAAUAAUAUUGUUAAUAUUUAAGGGAUGUUGCGACAGUUUUUUUAGGUACAUCAGUCAGCAUAUGAACUUGCCACUUUCUUAUUUUGGUUCGGAAAUUUUGGACAUAAAAGGAGCUAUGGCCCCUUUUUUUAGCGAAAUACUACAAUUUAAACUUGUGUUACGCGUUACUGAAAAACGCUUGCUGCUAGAGAGAUGCAACUGCGCACACAUACUAACCAACUGUGACCUUGCUCACCUUCAUAUUGUGUUUCAUAAGUUUUUGACACAACUGGAAUUAUUUGACCUGUUUUGUACGAAAAGAGACAUAUUUAACUUAUGUCGUACGUAGCUAAAAAGAUACCUCUUCUCGAGGCUGAAACUUUACAAACAUAGUAACCAUCAUGUAAACUUACUCACCUCUUUGUUUUGAUUUGGAUUGUGUUUCUUCGAACCCGCGGCCCCUUUUUAUAUAAAAACAACAAUUUUUUAUUUACUUGUGCUACCCGUAACUCAACCGGUAUUGCGUCCGAAAAGUUACCAUUUUAAUAACAUAUUAACCAGAUUUUGAAGUAUUUGCAAAUCCAUUGUUUGGUAAGGAUAUGCUCAUAACAUUACGACCCCUUUUUGCAAAUAUUACAUUUUUCGAUUUGUUGCGCGCAUAAUGUAACAAAGUUGCUUAAAGGCUGGUACUUAAAACAUUUAAAACAGUAAUAUUAAUUCAUCAAUUAAUUUGAGCACUUUUAUAUUUUAGUUCAGUUUGUUUUCCUGAUAUAAGUGGAGUUUGCAACUAAAUAUUUAGGCAGCCAUGUCCUAUGGACAAAUUUAAAGUUAAAUGCGAUCUUAUAUUGAUUUGUUUACUAUGUAUGUGUAAUAAUCUUGUUAGAUAUUAAUAUGUUAAAGGGUUUAUUUAUGUGUUAUUCCCAUUUACUUUUUAAUGAUUGUUCGUGAUUUGAUCGACUUUGUUUGUGUGUUAUUGCAUAUUUGUUUUGAAAGCGACCUUUUGUUCUGUAUAAUACUAUAAUAAAUUACUCAAAUCAAAA